AUGGAGGUGAAUAUAAAAUAUAGAAAAGAUAAUGGCGACAAACUUCCGGAUCCUACUCUUUAUAGACAACUGGUUGAGAGUCUACUGUAUCUCACUAUGACUCGUCCAGAUAUUUCUCAUGCAGUUCAGGUCGUUAGCCAAUUUGUUGCUGAUCCUCGUCGCAUCCACCUCUCUGCUGUCCUUCGUAUUAUGCGUUAUUUAUGGUUUACAUAUUAUAUAGGUCUUUUGUUCUCUUCUAACUCUUCUCGCCAGUUACGAGCCUAUGCCGAUGCAGAUUGGGCAAGAUGCCCCGAUACUAGACGUUCAACCACUGGGUGGUGUAUUUUUCUUGGAGAUUCUCUUAUCUCAUGGAAAUGUAAGAAACAACAAACUGCUUUUAAAUCUUCUACAGAAACUAAAUACAGAGGAAUAUCCUCAGCUUGCAGUGAAAUUACUUGGUUGAGAGGCUUUUUACAAGACCUCAAUAUUCUUCAUCGAACUCCUACACCAUUGUAUGUUGAUAAUAUGAGCGUCAUACGUAUUGCGUCAAAUCCAGUGUUUCAUGACCAUACAAAGCAUAUAGAGGUUGAUUGUCAUUUCAUUUGUGACAAGUUUCUGGCUGGAGAAGUUACACUCCCAUAUGUUACCUCCCAACAACAACUUGCAGAUAUCUUUACCAAGGCAAUGACUCAUGCUCGCCAUGACUAUCUCGUUGACAAACUGAUGAUGUUCACCCAACCUCAGUUUGAGGGGUAG